UCGACGCCAGUCGCUGCCCGAAUCUCUGAGUCUCUCCCGUGCUCUGCCUCUGCCCGUCGCCGACGCCGCCGCCGGACGCCGCAGGCCACGGCGCCGCCGCUCGACGCCAGUCGCUGGACUCGUUUAUCGCGAAGCCUGAGGGGGAUACGUCGAUUCCCGGUACCGGUUCGGUUCCGCCGGAUGCCCUAACCUCGACGCCGCUCACCCACUCACCCCCGAGUCCCGACGCCCUUGGCCGAGCCUCCCCCGAAGCUGCUCGCCCAGCCGCACGCUCAGGGCAACUCGACGCCGCUCACCCAGUCACCCCCGACGCCACUCGCCAAGCCUCCCCUGAAGCACCUCGCUUCCUGCACCUACCGCAAGUCCGAUCCUUUCAAGAUCGGUCUCUGGAAUUGGCAUCUGUCCCUGGAGAAGAACCGGAUUUUGUAUGUUAAAUUGUACCCAGAGAUCUCGGCCGUGACAAGAGAUAAUCCCCGAUCGCAUCCUUCAUUGUUCGCGUGGUUUGUUCGGCUGGCGGCAGUCGCAAGACUUUGACACACCCUGCGACCGCCACCUUCAUCCCUCAUUACCCUGACGUCAAAACUUGCAGACAACGGCACCAUCCAUCUUCUUCUUCUUCAAUCACAGCAACUGAAAGAAAUCAACAAACCAGGAAUAUCCUGGACCUGCCAUGUCGGUAUCCUGUGGCGUGGAGUGCGUGCCGAUCCUGGGCUGCUUCCGGUGGGUCUGGAAGCGCUGCACCUCCGUCGGCUCCGAUGACAGCGCCACGUGGCCCCCCGCCACCCCCGAUGAGUUCGAGCUCGUCCCCCGCAUCUGCCGCCUCAUCCUCGCCGUCUACGAGCUCGAUCUCCGCCACCCCAAGUACCUCCCCGCCAGCAGAUACCGCCUCAACUCGGACUGGGUCGUCAAGUGCGUCACCCACGAGCAGACCCUCGGCCACGCCCCGCCCUACAUCAUCUACGUCGACCAUGACUACCGCGAGAUUGUCGUCGCAAUCCGCGGCCUCAACCUCACCAAGGAGAGCGACUACGAGCUCCUGCUGGACAAUCGGCUUGGCAUGCAGAUGUUUGACGGGGGUUACGUCCACCGCGGGCUGUUGAAGUCGGCGAUUUGGCUGUUAAAUGAGGAAUCGGAGACGUUGAAGAGGCUGUGGGUCGAGAACGGGUCAAAUUAUGACCUUGUUUUUGCGGGCCACUCGCUCGGGUCCGGCAUGGCUUCGCUCUUGGCGGUGAUCGUGGUGAACCAUGGGGAUCAAAUGGGCGGAGUUCCGCGGAGUAAAGUGCGGUGUUACGCGGUGGCUCCGGCGAGGUGUAUGUCGCUUAAUCUGGCGGUGAAGUAUGCUGACGUGAUUCACUCUAUAAUCUUGCAGGAUGAUUUUUUACCACGAACUCCUACCCCCUUGGAGGAUAUUUUCAAGUCAAUUUUCUGCUUGCCAUGCUUACUGUUAUCGGUCUGCCUGAGGGAAACCUUUAUACCUGAGGGUAGGAAGCUCAGAGACCCAAGGAGACUUUAUGCACCUGGAAGAAUGUAUCAUAUUGUUGAAAGAAAAUUUUGCAGAUGUGGGAGGUAUCCUCCAAAAGUAAGAACUGCUAUUCCGGUUGAUGGGAGAUUCGAGCAUAUCAUCUUAUCUUGUAAUGCCGGAUCUGAUCAUGAAAUUAUCUGGAUAGAAAGAGAAGCAGAAAAGGCUUUGCAAAUAAUGAGGGAAAGCAGUGCUGAGACCGUAACAACUGCUCCAAACAUACAAAAGUUCGAGAGGUUGAGGUCAAUAGAGAAGGAGCACAAAGAUGCACUGGAAAGAGCAGUGAGCUUAAACAUUCCCCAUGCUGUGACCUCUCAAGAUGAGGAAAACCCGGAUUCAAAUCCUCAAGAUGAAGAGCCGCAGCCUUCACAGGAAGAAAAGUCUUCCGAUGUCGUCCUGGAUGACAAAGCCAGGCCUUGCGAUGCGAGGACCAAUUGGGAUAAAGUCGUCAAGAAGCUCAUGAACAGAGAUAAAUCAGGGAAGUUGCGUCUUGAGAAAGAAACAAAUAACCCAACGAACAGGAUUCUGCAGAAUCCUGGUGCAGCUCGUGAUCUGAUUCUUAUACUGCUAGUCAGCCUCUUGUCAUUGUUACUUCUUUUUCGUUGCGUUUUUCUCUCACUGUAUAGCAUUCUAUAGAGGGAGAAUUGUAUGUGACAGAUAAGGUGAACUCAUUUACCAUAUUUUUGGUGGUUGCAAUACCUUAGAAGAGUGGUGCUGGAGGAAUGGUGCCUGGUUCAUUGAAAAUCAUCUUCACAUAUAAUGUGUUUUGUUUAGUUACUUAAAGCGUGUGCUCCUAUGGUUCA